AUGCAGCACAGCAAGUCCUUCCUCAUUAAGGACCUGCUGGGGGAUGUCCUCACCGACAGGGAAGGAUGUGAAUCAGACGGUGUCGGAACAACGACUCCUCACGCGAAAUUUAACAGACAGGAAGAAGAUGGCAAGGGCCGCAAGCCGCGCCGGCGCCGGACGGCGUUCACGCACGCGCAACUCGCCUACCUGGAGCGCAAGUUCCGCUGCCAGAAGUACCUCUCCGUGGCCGACCGCAGCGACGUGGCCGACGCGCUCAACCUGAGCGAGACGCAGGUCAAGACCUGGUACCAGAACCGCAGGACUAAGUGGAAGCGGCAAAACCAGCUGCGGCUGGAGCAGCUGCGGCAGCAGGCAUCGGUGGAGAAGGAGCUGCUGUCUGCGCAUGCGCCCGCAGAGCCGGCAGCCUGCUGCCCCUACCAGCCGCCCGCCUUCCUCACCACGGCCGCCGCCAUCUUCCGCAACGUCACCUACGUGCACGGCUGCCAACUGUAGCGCGACCACGUCUCACGGAACUAGUUUCUCUCCGAGGAGCGGCCGCUAACCAAACAUCAUCUCCGAGGAGUGCCACUUGCGUGUGACUGGUGCCACGUGUUGCGUCGCGAGAUAACUGAGGACAAUUUACGCUUCGCGCGAAAUGCAGCAAUCUGGGUGUGUAUACCCUACGAGUCUGAUCCCGACACCGAGCGUCGCUGCAUACGAAUCGAAGAGAGUCUACACAACACAACAGCUCUUCGUUGCGUGAAGUUGGACUUCACGUGACUGCAACUUCUGCUAAGCUGAGGAAUGUUUCCCUCGUACAGAAAAGCCAAUCCCUUCAUGCGGGAGAAUACAAAUAUUUAGGUGCAGAUGUCCUUACGGUGCAGAGUUUACGGCCACAAACAAGUCAGUUCAGUUAUUCCGUGUAACGUUAGCUGACGAAAUUAAAAACUGAAAAAAGUAAGUGAAAAAAUGGUUUCAUGUCGAACGAGGGAAGCAACGAUUGACAUUGGAGCUCUUUGCCUUGCGUUAUUGUUGUAGUUCGGAUUCUAGACUGAUCGUAGUUACCAACAAAAAGGGAUAAAAAAAGUCGUGUGACUAGGGCCUCGUCGGGAAGACAGUUCGCAAGUCUUUCGAUUUGACGCCACUUCGGCGACUUGCGCGUCGAACACGAGAGAUGAAGAAGAAUGAAUGGCAACGAAACAACAAAAACUUCAAUUUGCUAUUUAUUAAGAAACAAACACUGCGUUUGUCUCUUUAUUUUCCAAAUAUGAACAAAUAUCAGUUAUCUCAAUUAGGUGCCAGACUUUCAGUUUAAAUAUAAUCUCUCAGGACGUUUUCACAGCAGCAAAAUAUUAAGAUUGCAAACAGUAAAAUAAUCUUUUGAGUUACUAAGGUGGUUAGCCAGUGUAGGCAUGUAGAUUAAAUAACAUGUAUUGGGAAAUCUGUGGGCGCUCACACUAGAGACAGUGUGCUGAAAAACGUUUCUUUCUUAAAACUACAAUCUUACAUUAUACACAAUUAUUUUACAUGCCUUCUCGUGAGUGAACAGAAACGAAACUCAGACAAAUAACAAAAUUUAUGUCAUAAUUCGGCUGCCACCACAAAUGUGAGGUUUUCCAGGGAUUCAAUAAGUUUGAAACGAGACAUAUCUCCUUAAACUACGCUUUUCCCAACUUUUCUAUUGUAGCGAGCGCUGACAAGAAAACAUCGACUGACGAUUUCAUGUCUCUGGCUGU